AUGAGCUCACCACAGUGGAAGAUUGCCGUUGGCUGCGAUGACGCCGGCGUGAGCUACAAGAACAAAAUCAAAGAAGACUUCGCGGCCGAUCCCCGGGUCAUCUCAGUCGUCGACGUCGGUGCCACGGGCAAGGAGGACAAGACGGCAUACCCACACAUCGCCGCGGCGGCGGCCAAACUCGUGGCCUCGGGAGAGGUCGACCGAGCUCUGUUGAUCUGCGGCACUGGCCUCGGCGUUGCCAUUGCCGCCAAUAAGAUCAAGGGGAUCAGGGCAGUCACCGCACACGACAGCUUCUCGGUCGAGAGAGCGGUCCUCAGCAACAAUGCCCAGGUGUUGUGCAUGGGGGAGCGGGUGGUGGGACUGGAGCUUGCGAGGAGGCUCGCAAAGGAGUGGUUGGGAUAUGUCUUUGACGAGAAGAGCGCCAGUGCUGCCAAGGUGGCUGCCAUUCAUGAAUACGAAGAAGGGGAACAUGGUCUUUCUGGGGCGGCGGAGGAAGUGAAGGGUUGCUGA